AUGUUCUCAGUGGAGACUCCUGACGGCGGAAGCAGACUGUUCCUCGUUGCUGCCACUCAGACGGAGUACGGCUCCGACCUUGGGGAGAUUCAAAUUUGGAGCAGGACGUCGACGUGGCAGCUGCUGUUCGGCCCUCCUGACGCGAUCGACGCUUGCGGAAACCAUUCCGAAUGUCGGAUUUGCUGGGAAACGUGCGGCGAUGGGAUUUGCCAACAGCCCGUGACAGGAUGCUCACUGGGAUGUUUGGAAGCUUGUUGGUUCCACGCCAAUCGAACAAAUGCGAUUGGAUGUGAAAUGGAAUCGACUAGGUUCAUGUUUCCCUCACUGCCAACAGUACGGGGCCCUCGGAUCACUUGGCCCCGAAUUGAGAAGCCCGGCAAGAAUGCGGUGGAUGAACAAGAAAUUUACGCCGUGUUGCUGCUAUCUUAUGCAAAUUCCAACUGGACAUUGGUUGGACACACUCUGGGCACGGAGAUGCAUUCGGAAGCAGUCCUCGACGCCGCGACCGACAGGAUCCUCGUCGUCGCAAUGACGGCCAGCGAAUUCCUAACUGCCGAAGUGGACGCUGGCCUUCGAAACGCAGUGAACCGAGAGCUGAACGCGGUCUUUGCUGACCUCCUGUUGUCGACAUCGCUGUCCCCUUCAGCCGACGUCAGGAUGCGACGUCAGGUCUCGUCCGGUCUGCCCGAGCUGCAUGAUGCUGCACUGCUACACGAGGACAUGCCGAGACAAAGCAAGUUUCUGUCGUGUAACGAAGGGACCGAACCACGCGGGGGGAUCCCGAAAAUUUCCCUACACCGCCAUCAGCCUUUUGUUUUCCUAUCGUCGUGUAGUAGUCCCACCCGAAGUUUGCGCCUGAGGGCGUCCUGGAACAAAGAAAGCGUUAGCGUCGAGUCGGUGCACGAAGCGGCGCUGAAACCGGACAUGCGGCGGCGGAGACACAAGUCGCUUUGCGACCUUUCGACGCUGCACGGGCCCCUUUUUGAGCUCUGCUCCCGCUUGAGCACGAUUUUAAUCUUGGAGCAGCAAGUGGACGACGAAAUUGCUGCAAUGGCAACAUUCACAACGACAGGGCCCGGAGGCCGGCGAUUCCAGUACGUAAUCGUCGUCUCAGACGUGCAACCAGAACGGGACAUAGUCACCAUUUAUCGGAUGGGGGUUCAAGAAUCGGUUCGACAGCCCAUGGCGAUGAGUGCCGAGAAGAAGUUCUGGUUCAACGGAAAAAUCGAUAAGCUAGACGUACUGGAACUAAGCCCCAACACAUUUGGCAUCUUCCCCUCAGUGAAGCAAGUUUCUCAGUUAUGGGAUGAUCCCAGUGCUGCCUAUUGGAUCGUCAAAACAAAUACUCAAGGGAUGGUUUCAAAGAUAUAUGUGAAAUUACUGCCCCUGAUGAACGACCCCGAAUUCACCGUUGUCGGGUAUCAGUUGCUGGCUGCCAGCUUCCGCGGGAUCCCGUUCUUGAUUUUGGCUGAGAUUUGCGACCGCGGACUCUACAUCUACACUUACGUUUUAUCGGCGAAAGUGUUCAAAACUGUGCAAAGAAUGAACGUACGAGGAAGUCACGUCUUCGGGCUUCAUCUGAACGCUGGAAUCGACGGAGCGGCACUGAUGAUCCGCGCAACGCCGGAAAAGCCGUUUCCAGUACUGCUCAUCUACGACUCCGAAACGGCGUCCUUCCAAGAGCUGGACGACUUCAAAUGCUCCACCGAUUUGGUGGUUGGAUCCAAAACGACUUCCGGAUUCGGGAUAAUUGGUCCUGGGGACCGGGUAGAAAUGGAACCCACGCCAAUCCGCCCCAUCAAGUUCCGCAUGAAAACUGACGGGUUAGUUCAAAUUUCGCCUGGAGCCAUUUUUCUUGAGACGAGAUGCGUCGCAAUCGCCAUUCUUCUGAGGAAGACUUCCGCCGUGACAGAAUACCGUUCGACAUGGACACUGUGUCAAUCUGAAUGGAUUGAGGAAUAUUUCAUCCUGGUUUCAGGGUUCAGUUGCUUGUUGGAUUCUGGGAUGUACAUUGAAGAUACGAUGUUGGUUGACGGCAUUUCAUACUUGAUUGGAGUUCAGCCCGACAGCCUCGCGACGCUGGUUGCAGUCCGGGUAUCUCCCAAGAUCUUCGACAUUACGAGUCCAAUUUUGACUCGAACAUCUGCACAUCAAGAGCGACUCGCUCAACUUCAGACUCUCAUCACUAACACGAUGAAUGGGAUCAAGAGCGAGGAAAACAGGUAUGGGUUUGAUCGGGACGGCGACGCUUUGACCCCGUGCGAAGUGUUGGAAGCCGUGUCCGACUCGAUUCCGAAUUUGACGGUAGAUGGAGAAGUUCGUUCAGCAGAAAUCCGCCUUGAAGCUCCGAUCCCGAAAUUCCCUACAUUGUCUCUAUCGGCCUUGACUGCUGUCGUUGUGGAGGUGGAUCUCGCCGGGAUCAAGAAAAGUUUCGAUUUCUUGGAAGAAAGACUGCAAGCGAUCGAGGCUGGGAUUGCUGAAGGAAAAGUGACAUUGGUGCGUCUGGAAGCAGAUUUUUUUGCGAACAUUUCCCGCUUGUACGUGAAUGAUAUGAAACUUUAUACGAAGUCCUCUUCCGGGGAGUUGGAUGCUUUCAAAGUCUCGGAUUAUGUGCUCGCUUCGGACGCUAUGUUGGAAUUUGCAGCCAACAAGUCUUUCUCGAGCCCUCUCAAAGUGGAUCAAUUGACCUUGUCGAUGCUCAAUGGAAAAACAAUGAACAGCUUCUCGUUUGCGAGCGAGAAAAACUUGGUCUUCUCGAAGCCUGUGACGUUUAGUGGAUCUUUGCAUAUGGGCGGACAUGCAGUAUUUCGGGACGGCGUGACCACCGCUGGCAUUGAUAUUUCGAGUGAAGCUUUUCCUCUCUAUCGAUCGAAGCUGCUUUCGAACGUUAUUCCGGUUUAUUGGACGUUCGAAGACGUACACAUUGCGAGGAUUGAAGGGCCUGCGGUCGUGAACGAGGUCGAUUUGUCGCACUUGUUGACCCGAAUCGUUCUGAAAAACCAGUCUGACCCUAUCAUCAUCAACGGAAGUUUGAUAUUUCGCGAAGGUACCGAUUUGAGAAUUCGCGACGACAGUGGUCUGCAAUGUUCGAGGAAUAUCCUCGUCAACAACCUGCUUUUGUCUGACGUGAUUUCGAAAGCUGUUCCAAAAUCGUCGUCCUUGAAAUUACGACGCUUGGACUUGCGAGUAAUCAGUGCUAAUGUUUCAUACAUGAACUUCUGGACUGAUGAUCUCAACGGUCAGCAACGAGGAAGUCCCCUUCAAGCACUCGCCAGAGCUGGACAUUCCGUCACUGUUGGAGGCCGCCUGAUCGUUGAAGAAGCGAAAAUCGUAACUAUGCCAAAAUGCAUUUCGAACUUUUCAAACGUGAUCCCUCUGAACGGAGCACCAGUUUUCGCAGAAGGAAUGUACACGUUUAAAAAAGGAUUGCGUGUCAAAGACCAUCUGAAUAUGCUCGGCAACCAACGAGAAAAAAUAUCAAAACUUCAAGAAUUCAUCCGUUCUGAAAUGAAUGCUGUCGUGAAAAAUCUGGAAAUCUCCGACUCUGCGUCUUUGACUGUGAUGAAGGGCUUUAAGGGAGAAGCUGUUAAUGACGAGAAAGUGUCAACGCUGCUCAAGUCGAUCAUUCGGAAAGACCAGAAGAAGCUCGUGAUCGAUGCUCCAGUUUCGUUGCGCCAACUUAUUGCAAGAGAAGCGAUCAUCUUGUAUGGGACAUUCCCGCACAACCUUGCCAGACUGUCAUCAAAUCAAAUAUUUACAAGCCCAGUGGCAUUUUCAAAGCCCGUGCUAAUACGAAAUGUUUCCACGUACUUCCUCGGAAAACACAGAAUGGACGAUGACAGAAGGGUUGAUUUGGGUCGCGAUUAUGUCUUCAAUCAUUUUGUGAACCUCUCUAAUAUGGAAUUCAGUGUCCGAAAGCUCAUUUUGCGAGUGCCAGACUUGCUGAAAUCCUUGGCAAGUGGUGUGAUGAAGACUUCCGACGGAACGACAAUAUUUCAGAGGCAUGUGAUCGCCAACGAGCUGGAGAUCCGCGGCAACAUUCAUUCGGACUUCCCGAGAACGUCUCCCGAGUGGCAGAAUUUCAUCACGAACCGCGUCAAGCUCGAAUCGAAGGACAUUCAAGAAAUUCGAGCGAAUAUAAGCAUUCGCCAUUUAGGAAUGAAUUCGGGGAAUAUCAAAAUGCUGAAUGGCAUGAGCGAAGCAGCACUUGACGAAAUGCUGCAAAAAUGUUCUCGCCGACAUUCGUUCCUUGAAACCCUGAAAGUACGAAAUUUGAUUAAUCUGGAAGGGAUAAACGGCUUGAAUUUCUCCGAACUCAUAGCGAACGCUGUUAAAAUUGAUGGAAACGUCAUUUUAAAGUCUGACGUCACAUUUCAUCACCCAGUUAAGGCAGAGUCGUUUUCCGUCAAGCAUAUCGAUGGUAUCCUUUUCCCGUCCUCGCUGAAGAAUUUGGUUUUCACGAAUAGUUCCACGGAACAUCAAACUAUAAGUGGGAAGAAAACUUUUUCAAGUUUCAUGAAAGUUGGACACCUGGAAAUCUCCAAUUCUUUUAAUGGCCACCAUCCAUCGCAUUUGCUGACGACGAAGACCAGGCAGUUGACAGGUGACGUUAAAUUUAACGAUGGAAGCAUCGUAGGAGACUUGGACUUUUCUUCCCUUUCCCUCGAUUCGUCAGCGAGGAACUUCUCCAACCGAGUCAUAUUUGUCGAAUCUGCCACGUUGAGAUCGAUGCAGUGUGGCACCCUGAACGGAGCUAGACUAGAACACUUUCUAGAACACGCCGUGAGACUCGAUGCGCCGAGCAAAAUUGAAGCGGACAUUCGGAUCCAGCUGCCGGGAAUCAUGCGAUUAUCAUCCGGGGCGAGAGGCUAUGCGGAUUUCCUGAACGGGGUUUCCAGCGAUAAGCUGAGGGCUUAUUCUGCAUUCUAUUCGGAAAUCGACGGUCUGUGCAGCGGGGGGAAUUUGACCCUGCCCUUCGAUUUCUCGAUACCCUGGAAAUCGUGCAAUAUUGUCGACCUUGAACUGACUGACGACCCCGUGUUUGCCUCUUCUCGAGACAGCUCUUGCCACGCGUGGGCCUCGGCAAAUGUGUCUUUUGUCGAGACCGUGCGAGUGGAUUCCUUGCACGUGGGCGACUUGAUCGACAUCCGCGGGAAUUCUGUCGAUUAUGUCGAUUUAUGCCGGGACAAGAUCAACUUGUCUUCUGUCGGCCCUGUUGCUGUGCACGGACAGCUUGACGCCGACAUGAUCAACGAAUUCCGCAACUUUUCUCAGUCUUUCGCGCAAUUACUGAGGCCAACAUCAGACCAGGGCACGUGCCAAUCAAGAUUCUUGUGCGGCGCAGGGCCGACUCUGAUUUCGGAGAAAAAGAUAGCCUUUCCAGAGGAAAUCUUGGCUUCCACCUUCCUUCAGUGGAAGAGUUUCGUGGCCUAUGCGGCCUGUUCGGGACACGGACGGUUGGAAUCUGUGUGCAAGGUAUCUCGCUUUCCUGCUGAGAAGCAGAAGGAUCACGUCCUGUUCUUGUCGGGUGUGGUGAGGGAUGUGAAAAUGUUCUCAGUGGAGACUCCUGACGGCGGAAGCCGACUGUUCCUCGUUGCUGCCACUCAGACAGAGUAUGGCUCCGACCUUGGCGAGAUUCAAAUUUGGAGCAGGACGUCGACGUGGCAGAUGGAAGUUGUCGUUCCUGGGGCAGCUGAGAAACUGAGGAUCAUCAACAGGAAACUAGUACCUAUUCUUUUGGCUGCCAGCAUGCGAAAUUCCUCGCUUGUUUUUUACGAGCUGAAGUUUCAUUCGUCUGGAUUCCUUGCUUCUUUCGUGGAUGCUUUCCCUGUCAACGGAAAUUUUGAUCUCAUGGAAAGUUCGGAGCCUCUUGUUGCAUUCAGAGACACUCAGGGAGGAUUGACACUUCGGUCCCUGGCUUCACGAUUGGAUGGGCCUCAAGUGGUGACUUCUUGCUCCCGGACUACCGUCAUCAAAUUCUUGAAAGCUUCUUCACGGAACUUCCUGGCUGUUGCAGAUCAAGAGGACAGCUUUAUUCCAGGAGGGUCGACAAUCAAGAUUAUGGAGAUCGAUGCUCUGACAAAGACGUCGACGUAUCAAACGAUUCGGACGAGUCGCGUAGUUGAUGUCGACACCAUGCCUACUUCUGAAUGCGGAGAUAUAUGUUUUGUCGCGUUAGAAGAACAACCUAAGGGCCAGGUUUUCUGUCGGAAAGGCGACAGUGGAUUCCAAGAAGAAAUCAAUUUCUAUGGAUAUUCCGGAAAUUCGGUGGAGUGCCAGGAUGGAAAUCCCUUGUUUUUGUGCUCGGUCGAUGGCUGGAUGCUGAUCCGAGGAAAGAAAACUAUGGAAUUUUAUCGAAUAAUGUACAAGAAAUUUUAAUGAGAGCCGCUCGAAAUUGGCAACAUCGGCUGGCCAUUCAUGCUCACCCUGUGUUUUCUCAACGUUGUUUUAGCAAUUGUUUUUGACAGAAAAAUUUCGGUUCGUAGCUUAUUUAUGCCAUUAAUUGGAAUGUUCGUCUUGUGAAUCGAAGAUUAUUCAGCGUACAUGUUAACUGGAAUUGUGAAUACAUUUCGAAUGUGAUGGUUUUCGCUCACACAUAAACGGAUUUUUCUGAUUUAUUUUUGAAUUGUGUGAAAUUUUAAAGUUUGAUCUUUGAAGUGUGUUUCAAUUCGUACUGCUGUUCGGCGAAUCCUGUGAGAGAAACGAAUGAAAACGUUUACCAUG